AUGUCCUUGAAACAGGAAAUCGAAACCUGGGUGCAGGCCUUGGACCACUAUGACAACCAGGAGUUCGACAGCGCCCUGCAGGUGUUUGCCACCAUUUCGGACACUUCCAAGAUCUGCUUCAACUGUGGUGUCAUCUACGCCACUCUGGGCGAACACGAGAAAGCGGUGGAGUGCUACCAGCGUGCAGUGAGUCUGGACCAGUAUCUCGCCAUCGCUUAUUUCCAGGAAGGCGUCUCCAACUUCCUCCUGGGCGACUUUGAGGAAGCGUUGGCCAAUUUUAAUGAUACCUUGCUGUAUCUGCGCGGCAACACCUCCAUCGAUUACGAGCAGCUGGGUCUUAAGUUCCGGCUGUACUCAUGUGAGGUGUUGUUUAACCGUGGCCUGUGCUACAUCUAUCUCCGCCAGAUGGGGCCGGGCAUGCAGGAUUUGGAGUACGCCGUCAAGGAGAAAGUUACCCCCGACCACGAUGUGAUUGACGAUGCCAUCCGUGAGCGUGCCGAGGGAUAUACGGUAUUCUCCAUCCCGGUAGGGGUGCUGUAUCGCCCAAACGAAGCCAAAGUCAAGAACCUCAAGACCAAGGACUAUCUGGGCAAGGCGCGACUCGUCGCUGCAUCGGACCGAACGGGACAAGCAGGGUACGAGAUCCAACGAACGCAUUCGGCGCUGGACCACCGCCCCCCAGAAAGUCUGUAUGCCACCGCGACACAUGUGCACAAGAACAUCACGAGUCGCAGUCGCCAGCAGUCGGAGCCACCAUUGAACCGCACUUUGUUCCCACCAACCCCGCCCCCCGACGCAGACAAGUCCAGCACCAACAGCUCCUCGAGCACCAUCAAUGGCACACCGGGUUCAGCGGGCCGUGCUGCACGGCCACCGCGACUCGACCUGGACCGUCCAGGCGCCCAUCUGAGCAAGCGGAGCAGCGAAUUGCUGGCGCAGGAGAAGCCCCGGAUCGGGACCACGCGCACUGCGUCGGAGCCUCGGGGUCCCUCGCGCGCGUACUACCAGGACCGUGACGCAUCUAUUCGUCGGGGCCCGGAGGGUGAGCGUGGACAUCGUCGGGGACUGAGCGAUACGGGAUACGUGCCGGGUCAGUAUGGGGACGAUGGGUACGGCGGGAUGGUGUAUGCACGACCGCCAACGGUAGCCACGAACGGACGGCGGGUGAUGCGCCAGCAGGAGCGGUUCAUCGAAGAGGAGGAGGAGUACGACAGUGGCGCAUGCGAUGCAGACGGACUGUCGCCCGAUGGAGCUGUCAGCGGAGGGUUCGAGAUGCUGGACUCGCGCCGACGGACACGCUCGCCGCACCGGGGGUCGCGACGCGGCAACUCACGUCGACCAGAGGUGCGCAAGUUCCGGGUCAAGGUGCAUGCGGCGGAGGACACGCGGUACAUCAUCAUCGGACCGAUGAUCGAGUUCAGGGAGUUCGAGGCGCGCAUCCGCGAGAAGUUCGGAUUCCGGUGUUUGUUGAAGAUCCGCAUGCAGGACGAGGGCGACAUGAUCACGAUGGUGGACCAGGAGGAUCUGGACUUGCUGAUGUUGUCGGCGCGGGAUAUUGCGCGGCGCGAGGGGAGUGAAUUGGGGAAGAUGGAGAUUUGGGUGGAAGAACGGUCGAUGAUUUGA